UCGUUGCAAAAGUGGUGAAAUCUCAACCUCCAUGUACAAGAUGGCAUGUCUCACAUCUAACUUCAGCCUUCAUCUUCUCUUCUAAGCUAUUCUCCUUGUCUUUUUCCAUUUUCCCCCAUAUUUACUCCUCCAUUAUUGUCUCAAGUUCCGUUGCUUUCGAUGUGUUUUCAAUGUUAAUUGUCCAAACACAAUUUCAGCUUCCGCCAAUCAUAUAUAACUUUGCUUCAUCUCACCAACCACACUUUUAUCUUCAAACCCUCCCUCUUUCUCUAAUUACAUUCCCAUGGCUUUACUCCAUUCUUUAUGUUGUGUCUCAUUUUCGGCACUGGUAAUUGUCAUGUUCUACGUCUCACCGGCAGUUUCGACGUCGAGGGGGGCACUGGACCACUUGGAUAAGCUCCGAAACGGGUUUAGAGUUCAGCUCAGGCAUGUUGAUUCGGGCAAGAAUUUAACUAAAUGGGAGCGGAUGCAGCGUGGGAUCAAGCGUGGGAAUCAUAGGUUGCAAAAACUGAAUGCCAUGGUUUCGGCGGUGAGCACGGAUUCAGCAUCGGUUCAAGCACCUAUUGUUGCGGGGAACGGGGAGUUUCUAAUGGACUUAUCGAUCGGGACACCACCGAUGGGUUACUCUGCGAUCUUGGACACCGGGAGUGAUUUGAUAUGGACUCAAUGCAAGCCUUGCACCCAAUGUUACAAUCAAUCUACCCCGAUUUUUGACCCGGAAAAGUCUUCAACGUUUUCCAAGCUAUCUUGCUCGAGUGACUUAUGCUCCGAGCUACCACAAUCGACAUGCAACGAUGGAUGCGAGUAUCUCUACACAUACGGUGAUUACUCCUCGACGCAAGGGAUCAUGGGAAGAGAUACAUUCAUAUUUGACAAGGCUUCGGUUCCAAAAAUCGGAUUCGGGUGCGGAGAAGACAACGAGGGCGACGGAUUUUCGCAAGGUGCCGGUCUCGUAGGACUCGGGCGUGGACCAUUAUCCCUAGUUUCACAAUUGAAAGAACCCAAGUUUUCUUAUUGCUUAACCUCCAUCGAUGAGACCCAAAAAAGCUUACUUAUGAUGGGGCCAAUAGCAAGUGGGAAUGAAUCAUUAGGGGCAAUGAAAACCACUCCAUUGAUACGUAAUCCAUCACAGCCAUCUUUUUACUAUCUUUCACUCCAAGGCAUUACCGUGGGAAGCACUCCAUUGCCAAUCAAGAAAUCGACUUUUGCACUUGAAGACGAUGGCACCGGCGGUGUAAUCAUCGACUCCGGCACCACCAUCACGUAUCUAGAACAAGCUGCUUUCGAUGCGCUGAAAAUGGAAUUCAUUUAUCAAAUGGGGCUUUCGGUCGAGAGCUCGAGUUCGACGGGGCUUGACCUUUGCUUCAGCUUGCCGUCGGAUUCGACUCAAGUUGAGGUACCGAAAUUGAUAUUCCAUUUUGACGGGGCGGAUUUGGAUUUACCGGCAGAAAAUUAUAUGAUCGCCGACUCAAGCUCGGGAGUGAUAUGCUUGGCGAUGGGGAGUUCGAGUGGGAUGUCAAUCUUCGGCAACGUUCAACAGCAGAACAUGUUGGUGGUUCAUGAUCUCAAGAAGGAAACGGUGACUUUCAUUCAGACACAAUGCCAUCAUUUAUGAGUUCAUUUUCGUUUG